AUGGAAGGUAUUUAUCUACCAGAACCUACAACUGAAAUUUGGGAACAAUCUGCGAAAGGGUUUAGAGAAAAGUGGCAAUUUCCAAAUUGCAUAGGUGCUAUUGAUGGAAGACAUGUUACAAUUAAAUGCCCCAAUAGAACAGGUUCAAAUUAUUUUUGUUAUUUGAACAAAUUUUCAAUAGUAUUAAUGGCUAUUGUCGAUCCAUAUUACAAAUUUAUCUGUGUAGACAUCGGUGGUUUUGGAAAAAAUAGCGAUGGCGGAAUUUUUGAGGCCUCUAACAUGGGUCAAAGGUUUGAAGCAAAUCUUAUUAAUGUUCCGAAUCAUACACCAUUACCAGGGCAAAAUGAACCUUGUCCUCAUGUUUUGAUUGGAGAUGAAGCGUUUGCCCUUAAACCUUAUCUUAUGAGACCUUUUCCAUAUCGGCAAUCAAAACUUUGUCCUCGUAAGGAAAAUUACAACGUUCGGUUAUGUAGAGCACGAAGGGUUGUAGAAAAUGCUUUUGGGAUACUAUCCCAGAAAUGGAGGAUAUUUUUGAAACCAAUUACAACUAAAGUUGAAACAACAAUACUUAUUAUCAAAACAGCAUGCGUUCUGCAUAAUUUCCUACGAGUGACACAAUGCGAUAAUCCUUCCAAUGUUUUGUCAAAAGAAGUAAACCAAACCAACCACGAAAAUGUUUUUACUGCUAUGUUAAAUGAUUCAAGACGGGCAACAAACAUUGCCUUUAAUGUCCGAGAGAAGUUUGUUGGUUAUUGUAACCCAUAA